ACUUCCAUUAGGUUUCGAUGUGAUCGCGACGACAAGAGUUUUUGUUAAACUAAUGGCUAAAUUAAAUCACAAGACAUUCUUCGUUCACGGAGGGGAUUGGGGGAGUGUUAACACCAAAACCAUGGCUCAGUUGUACCCGGACAAAGUCCGCGGUAUUCAUGUAACAAUGGCUGUGAAUCAAUGGAAAGGCAUACCUUUACUGAAGAUGUUGUUGGGCUCGUAUUUCCCUUCAUUAGUAUUAGACAAUACUGACAGGGAUUACAAGAAAAUAUAUCCACUUUCUGAAAAGUUUUCCACUGCAUUACGAGAGUCGGGAUACUUCCACAUUCAGGCCACUAAACCGGAUACAGUGGGCGCCGCACUAAUGGACAGUCCGGUCGGGUUAGCCGCAUAUAUAUUGGAGAAGUUCUCGACGGCAACUAAUAUGAAAAAUGUGAACAAAACCGACGGCGGACUCACAGAAAAGUUCACUUUCGAUGAGUUACUCACAAAUGUAAUGAUAUAUUGGUUCUCAGAUAACGUGGUGUCGGGGCUCCGGUAUUAUAAGGAAAGCUUUCUAAUAAUGCACGGCAGCCCUCUUGAGGAAAUUCCGGUGCCGGCAAGUGUACCGGUUGCUAUUGCAGACUUUCCUAAUGAGAUCAGUCACGUGCCUAAAUCCCUGGCCCACUACCAGUUCCCCAAUUUGGUUCAGUACACAGAUAUGCCAAGAGGUGGACACUUCUCGGCCUUUGAGGAACCGAUACUUGUUUCCGAUGACAUCAAGAAGUUUGUGAAAACUGUUUUAGAGUUAGAAUUAUCGGAAAAAUCACAAAAUAAGGAGUUAUAG